CAUUUUCCACUUUACUGGUGCGGACGGAUGCUGUGUGUUUGCGGAGAGAAUGAGAGAGAGUGUGAAAGAGAGGAUGCGAAUCAGCGACGAGCGAAAUCUUUAAAGUUUCGGAAUUAUCAACGCAGCAACAGCAACAACAGCAAUAGAAGCAGUAGCUUGGCAGCCACAUUUGUGUGUAUGCUUGGCAAACGCGUCGAACAUUUCAUCCCGUAGUUUGUUGGAAAAUGUGUACGUGCGCUGUCAUGCAGCUUUCAUUUUGGCAAGAGCUUACACGAACCCUAGCCAUAAAGUGUAUUCUAUUGAUUUGACGAUGGAGAACGAUCUCGCAAAAAUCAAAUGAAUGAAAACUGAAAGCAAGAGCAAGAGCAAGAGCAAGAGCAAGAGCAUAAUGACAAAAAAGAAAUGGAGGUGGGAAAUUGUUGUGUGCAACGUACAUGUAGAGGAACAUGAAUCGGGCUUGUGUGUGAGUGUAUGUGUGCCGUUUGCAAAUGCGGGUUGCGCGCGUGCCUGUGUCGCUGUUUGCAUAUCUGUGUAUCUGUACGUAUGUGUGAGUCUUGGGUAUUCAAACUAUACGAUGUGGCUGGUGAUGUGUUUUCGCAAAAACGAGAUGGAGAAACGGUCUAUCUCGAGUCUCGACGCACCGCACCAAGUUGACGGCAAUGUAAAAUUUCGAAAGCGAAUACGAAACCGUUCUCUUUCUCUCUACCUCCGCAUAACGAUGAAGUGUAUGACAGUCCUUUGCACAUUUCUAAGCGGGCUGUCAGCUUUGUGAAAUGUACAUUAUUAUCUUAUGUGGAUAAAAGCGCGUUUGAUGGUGAGCUGCAUGAAAGAGACUGUUACAUAAGCGAGUGUGUGUAUUUUAAAUCGCCUGUGCUCCACAUGCAUGGAACAAAAAGCGUAUUACACGAUUGCGCAACUGUCAGUGAUGCCGUUUUCACACAGCGCUCGUGGACUUCAUUGUAACGCAUAGCAUCCGAAUAGAUGAACGCACAAAAUCCGAAUCCAAGUCCAAAUCCGAAAUUCGGUGUAUACUUUGCACUCAGCGCUGCAUCGAAUCGAAUCGAAUCGAACGGUUGUGUCCCAGCACAAAGCAGGCACACGCUUCUAUUUGUAUAUUCAUGAAAUAUGUGCGAUAUAUGGAUAUGAAGCAACAAAAAAUCUGAUUGAAACUGCUUGAUCCAUUCCAGUGAUGGUAUGAUCACUUCAUAACAAAAAAAAACGUUCACUUACUUACAAUUUAAAUGACUGCCCCGAAUAAUAAAUCGAUUAAAAGUUUUGCAGUUCCGUGUUGGCAUGCGGUGUGUUAUUUGCAGAAAAUGCUCUGCUCAUAUAGUCGUUCAGCACAAACAACACUACGGAUCCAUUCGCUAUCUCAUCGUCUCCUUUUCCCAUUUGCCAUCGCAUACAUCCCAUCUACCGCAAAGAUACACAUCUAUGGAAGAACAGAGCAAAAAUGCCAAAGCAUGCGCAACAUUUGCCUUCUUUCAUGUGUGAAAUUCGAAUUUGACGGCAGCCGAAAAAGAAAGAAAAAGCACAGCCAAUUCCCAUAUAGAAGAAUGGAAUAGUAAAAGUAAAUAAAAUGCAAAAGCAACAAUCACUUUGAGGAAAAAAUUUGUGGCACACAAGCCAGUCAUAUCCAUACAGACACAAACACACACAUACCCGAAAGUUGGAUCGCCUCCCGUACACACUACACAGUAAUUCAUUCAUGCCAAUCGCAUCCAAUUGUUUCGCCAUGAAUAUACCGUCAUCAUAAUUUGGUUGGCAUUUGCCGAUGAUAUUAUAAUAACUAUGGCAAAAGCCACAUUCCUGCAUAAAUGUGUUCCAUAUGUGCGGGCACAUUUGAUUCAGCAAAUGGGAAUAUAUUCACAUUUGCAAUGUCUAUUACGUGGGAUUUGUAACGGUAAUAACGGCAUCACAUUCGAAGAAGCCGAAUGCAUUUGCACGGGUAAAACGUACACGUCGUCAACAAAAAUCAACGUGUACGAAAUCGUUCAAUGCGUUCCGCAAUGCCACAUAAUAUUUUAUUAUUCCAAAUCAUCGAAAUAGAUCUGAGCUCCGGUCUGAAAUGCAGAUCCAGGUAAUAUGACCACCUUAAAAGCGCACAAAAACUCGUCCGAGAAACGAUUUGGUCGAUGGGGCAGAAACUUUGCAGAAAUGAUUUUGGUCGAUUUUUUUUUAUGUCCAGCUGCCAAAGUGUACGCCAAAAAAGAACCAUAAAAUGCCAAUAUUCGUUUUUUUCCCGUUGUUUUUUCUUGCAAAAAAACGUACGUGUUGCGGAAUAAUCUCAAAAAUGUGUGGUUUCUCUUCGUCUCCUUCUUCUUCUUCAAUACAAACAUUGAAAUGCUCUGCUUGCAUGGUGGAAAAAAGAAGACAAAAUAGUUUGAAGCAAUUUACGAAAAAAAAGUUCAUCGCAUAAAGUUUAAUAUUAUUUUUUUAAUUUUAGUUUUUCAUAUUUGCAGUAAAAUUUCAACUUUUCACGAGAGAAAGAGAGGAAAAACCACAACAAAACUUUUUUUUUCUAUAAUAAGGUAUAGUUGUUGAUGCAAUGAAAUCACCGUAGUGUUUGCAUUUCUGCAUCGAAUCAACAAAUUUAACUGCAAUAUAAUAUUUGCGGUCUUACAUUGAAAUGCACAUUGAAUUUGUGGUCGUUGACCAUGGAAAAAGAACUAUGAAUUUUAAUGUGUCGACACAAAAAAAAACUGUGCAUUUCUCUCGAUCGAUGAAGUUUAAUUUUAUGGAUGAGCAUUAAAAGUAGAUAACAUUUGAUGGCUGCCGUCCAAAAAGUAAAAUGAAAACAGAAGACGAUUGGAUUACUUAUUCAAAAGUGAUAAAUCAAAUUGGUUUGGCGAUGAGCGUAAGCAAUUUAUUUCAAUAGAAAUACAACUUUGUUUCUUCUUUGCUUUCGAAUUAUCGCGCUUUGCAUAUCAUGUACUUCGUUGACGACUUUUUGCUACUUAAAUGUGUUUUAACACAGUGACUGCAUUGCAGUUCAACUUGCUCACGUAUACACUUGAAAACCGAUUUACUUUGAAUGGCACACAGCUUAAGUACGACUCAAAGUCAAAUCUACUUAAGGUUCUGUUUACACUUUGACAAGAACCAACAGCGUGUUCAACUGGAUUUGUGUAAUUCACACAAUUUGCGGCUGAUUUUAUUUCGAGAAUCGUUGGUUCUUCCUCAAAUUUUGAAAUGAAAUAAUAUUUUCGGAAUAAUUUGAUAUGAAAUAAUAGUACGUGAUUGGUAACAUCAGGAUAAGACAGGAUUUAAUUUGUAGUAUCGGGUUAUGAUUGAAUGAAAAUGGCUGAAAGUGUUCGCGUGAUUAUCCAAGCACUCGACAAUCAUCCAGUGUGUGAACAUGGUCCAGCCUUAUUGUUUGAACGCCGAUCGGGCUCUACAUUCCAGCAAUUCUAUGCAUGCUCGGCAUAUCGUGAUCAAACAGAGUGUCCAUUGUUUGUGCCCGUUGACCAGAAUGAGCCAAAAGUUCACAAUCGAAAUCUUGUAGCAACAAAUAUCAGAAAAUCAUCCGAAAUAGCAAUAGAGAAAUCGGUUUUAUUGCAAAAGGUUUUACAAUUGGAUCCAAGUGAGCGGUGCUAUUGCCAUACGUGUCAUAGAUUUCUGAUUGAUUUUUCGAAUCACCAAAGCCAUGCAAUUCAAAAAGGUCUUUCAAAUGAACAAAUCGAACGACCAACUACAUUUCUACGCUCCCUUUCAAACGACAAGAGAGAGGCACAGUACUUUUUCUCCGAUGCAUCGCUCAAGUGUUUCGUGCAAAUGUUCCAGCGGCUUCAAUUCAAUAAAGUCAUUUGCAUUGGUGCGCCACGAUUGCACGAACACCUUCAAUUUCAUAAGCCAAAGUUGCGCAUUGAAUCCAUUUUGUUGGACUUGGACACGAGAUUUUAUUCAUUUUACAAUCGAGAUGGCAAAUGUGAUUUUUAUCAUUACAACAUGUUUAACAAUUAUUUCUUCGCUGGCGAUGAAACUGAAACGAAAUUUAAGCAGUUUCUGCGAAACAGAAGUAAUGAAAAAUGUUGCAUUUUCACUGAUCCACCAUUCGGGUGUCGAACCGAGCCACUUGUGUUCACACUGCAAACACUGAGACAGACAUACAACCAAUUGAAUCGAAUGCAUGACACUUUGCCGACAUUUUGGAUAUUUCCGUAUUUCAUGGAGACAUACAUAACAUCGUUGAUGCCCGAAAUGGAAAUGCUGGACUAUAAGGUUGAUUAUACAAAUCACGAUACGUACCAUUCGGGUCAUGAUGGACGGAAGCAAGGCUCACCGGUGCGUGUAUUCACCAAUGUACCAAGCCAUCUAAUCCAUUUGCCGCCAACAGAAUCGUAUCGCAUGUGCAAGAAGUGCAAAAAGUGGGUGGCAUACGAGAAUCAACACUGUGAUCAAUGUAAAAAAUGCCCAUCGAAAAACGGCGACACUUACAAACAUUGCAAUUUAUGUGGAAUUUGCGUAAAACCAUCAUACGUACAUUGUAAAAAUUGUUGGCGUUGUACACAAACUGAAAAUCACGAUUGUUUCAAAUAUCAAUCGCAAUUGAGAUGCAUGAUAUGCCUGCAAAAGGGUCAUAAUGAAUUCAAUUGCGAUCGAUGGUUUGCAUUAUGUAAGAAAAAUCCAAAAGAAAUUGUCCGACUGAAAGCAAAGUCCAUUAAAACUGGUCGUCGCAUCUGUUUGCUUUGUUUUAAAUCCAGUCACAAUGAACAGUCUUGCUUAAAGCGUAAGCAAUUACUCAAAGAAAGUGCAUUUUUGAACCGAUAUUACAAUCUGUUAACAUUAGACUCAUUGUAAAUAAAAUAUUCAAAAAAAUUUACACUCUUUUGUAUUUAAAAUAUUCGAUUUACUAAAUGUUAGCGAAAGAAAAGAUUAGCUCAAGUUUACUAUUUGUUGUAUGCCACGAGACAACGAUAAGAAAAUUAGAUUGUUUCACUGAAGGCUCGACUUUAUCUAAGGAGAUGACGAAAUCUUAUCUGUAAAUUUUUUUCUUCGCCGAGCAUCCAAACGUUGCUUGAUAUGACGAUUUGCAUGUUUAACUACAGUUCAAUCCUAGAAUUCUAGUCGAAAAUGUUUGCCUCAGCCAUUGUAUUUUUUAAAAAUUUCUUAAGUUUUAGUGUCAUCUUGAUCUGUUUGGUGUCAAAGUUACCGCAAGUUCGUCGAGUGGUGAACACUAAAUCAGCAAAUGGUUUGUUUUUAUACAGAAAAUAAUCGUAUUUCUCGAAAAAAAAAUACGCUUUUCAAUAGAAAAUCACAUUAUUGUAUUUUUUGCAUUUCUCACAACAUCUGAAUUAUGAACCAUUCACAAUUGUGUUGCUUUCUGUGUGUUUUAAAUGAAAUUAUCCCAUAGAUUAACCA